AUGUCGACUUCUGAUGUCUCGCCCAGCGAGCGCAUCCUUCAAGAUCGAUUGGACUCUGGCCUGGCCCAGAUCAAAUCAAGCAGCAAGAAGAAGAAGAAGACCAAGGAUAAGAAGAGAAAGAGGGAGUCUCGUGAGCCCGAGCUUGAAGAGGAUUUGUAUAAGGAACGGAAGCGGCAGAGAAAGGAAAAGACCUCCAUCAUUCUGCCUGAGGGCAUCAGCGGAGAGAGCGAGUUGGACGAGGAUAAUGCAGUCACAGAGCAGGAUGAGUGGGAGACGAUGAAGAAGUCGAAGAAGGCAAAGGAUGAAGAUACGUCAUCAGAAUUCUCGGUGGAUAUCGACAACGUUCCAAGGGACAUUACCACGCAGUCGCACUCAAAGAAGAGCAAGAAACACAAUGUUGAUACGGAACAACAGAAGGCCAGUAAGUCAACUAAGAACGCGCAAGAGCACCCCAAGCCCGCCAAGGAAACUCGCAUCGUGCCAGUCAAGGUCGGCGGCCUUUGGAAACUCCCAGUCCUCGAAAGCGCCCAACGCAAGCCCGAGGAGAUUGUCCAGACAUCAAGCGCAGUUCCGACUCCAGACACAAGUCUCGCCAUCGACAGUGAAGAAGAUCCAUUCGACGAGGAACGAGAGAAGACAGUAGCGAGCAAGAAACAUAAUAUCUCAACUCCUGUAUUCCCUUCGGGACAAGAUGGAGCCGGAGCAGCCCCAAGCAAGACCAAGAAAUCAAGCAAGCAUUCCUCAUCCACCACCCGCUCUUCCGCUCCCACGAAAGGAAAGUUGGAGAAUGGACAAGCAAUUCUUUCACAGGCCGUCGCUGCGAUCAAAACUUCCUUGCCGUCUAUACUUGAAUCCAUAUCCAUUCCGGACUCGAUCACCCCCACGCAUAAACCCGCGCGCGCGCCGAAGGCAACCCCGAAACCCAGCGGGGCUUCAAAAAGCGAGGGAGAAAGCGAGCGAAAAAAUCGGGCGAAAGAUACUCCAAAUAGCUGGCAAGAGUACCCAGGCAAGCUUCGCGGCAACGUUGAGAGUUCCGCAGAUGCUGAGGUGGAAGAAAAUAUUGCCUUCUCCUCUACCUACCUCGGCACGCACUACUCAGUCACUCUGCCAGGUUUCACCUUCCGCAUCCUGUCUCUAGAAGAGGGAGAGCAUUUCUGCACCGCAGAGGAUCCCGAUGCUCAGCACGGCUUUGGCACUAAUCAGGAUCCCCACAAAAGCGAUUUCCGGAUUGAGGCGGUGAGUGUGUGUUCGGUCGCGAAAGGGAGCGUCCAGGUUGAGAUGUGCGGAAUGGUGUUUGAGAUGCCAGAGGGGGGCAUGUGGAGGGUUCGCGGGGGUGAGAGGUGUGUUGUUAGGGAGUGUGGGAAGGGGGCUGUGGUCCAUGUUACGGGUAUUAGGGGUUAGAGCGGAUGGUUGCUAAUGACGGAGUGAGUAGCUACGUAUGGAAUGGGUGCGAUGGAUGGCACGG